AUGGCGGAACAAGUAAAUCAACGUAUUGAGGGAAUGAUAAAUGAAUUGGAGCAGAUGCGAAGAUUGAAUUUAUAUGAAGACGAUGAAAUAAAAGAAAUAUCCAGAAAAAGGAAAGAAUUUGAAUAUAGGAUACAGCGGAGAGUAAAAGCAAAAGAUGAUUUUGUCUAUUAUAUAGCUUACGAGCUAGCUUUAUUGGAAGAUAUUUCGUUAAGAAGGAACCAAGCCAAGAUGCUACAGAUCCACGGAGACAAGCCUAAAAUGUGGCAAUUGGCUAGCAAAUGGGAGAUAAAAGAACAGAAAAAUUUUGAAAAUGCUAGAGAAUUUUUGCUUAAAGGAAUUCAUAGGCAUCCAGAAUCUGAAAUUCUUUAUUAUGAUCUUUUUGAAGUAGAACUUAUGCUUGCUUUUCAAGCACAAGAUGAGGUAGAAAAGGAAAAAUACCUUAAAAGAGCUGAAGUUGUAUGGAAAAAUGGUGUUAAUAAUGUGCAGGAUCAUACAUUUCUUUUUAAAAUAUGUGACUUAUCAAUGAAGUUUGGUAUAGACCAAUCAUUCAGUAGUGGUAUUAAAGAAGAAAUUUGGUCUCGAAAACAUUGCAAAGAUGUAUGGGAGUAUAUUGCGGCUAAAGAACUAGAAGGUUAUCAUUGGGAGCAGGUUGAGGAGUUUAUUAAUGAAAGUUAUAAUUUUCCAAAAGAAAUAAACAAUUAUAUAUGUGUUUAUGAAGAAUUAUUGCAACAGUUUCCAGAUGAAGAAAUAUGCACAAAAUUUAUCCAUGGAUUACUAAGGUUAAAUGACACAUUAUGCACUGAUGUGCAAAUGAUAAAUGCUGUGAAACAUGCAUGGAUGUAUGGCCAUAACAAUGGUUUGCUGUCAAAUGAGAUGUAUGCUUUUGGCAUAGAUGUAAUAAAGUUAGAAAAUAAGCUGUCCACUGAAGACUUUAUGGAGAUUAUUGAGACGGCACUUGCUAAAAAUCCACAGGCAAGAAAUAUAUGGGAAGAAAAGCUAUUGUUAAAUAAAUCAGAUGAAAUGAAACAAAUAUCAAUCCUGCAGGAGGCUAGAAAGGUCUUAAAACCAAAUGACUCUUUGUAUUUAUGGAAUUUAGUUUUGGAUAAUUUCCAAACAAUUGAGGCAGUGAAUAAUUGCUACAAAAAGUUUCUAAAAUAUGAUGAUGCUGUCUUAUUAGCAAUUAAACCAAAGCUGCUUGAUAAAAUGUUUGAUAAAUGCGGUUUAAAAGCGGCUAGGGAGCUGUACGAAGAUUUCAUUAGAACUCCACCAACACAAGUUGAAGUUCACAUGGUCAUGAUAAAAAUAGAAAUGUGUCAAGACAAGCCCAAUUUAAAGAAAAUCAGAAAGUGUUUUGAGUGCUUAGUUCAGCAUCAUGGUGGUGAUAAUAUUAAAGUUUGGAGUGAUUACAUUAAUUUCGAAACCCAAAAUGGCAGUGCUCAACUUGCACCACCAAUUUAUAGAAGAGCAGUAGCUAUGUUGAAGAAGGAGCUAGUUGAUGAAUUUAUUAAAACUCAAUCACUUUCAAGAAUAAUU